AUGUAGCUUGGGUCUCAAGAUAGCUUUCAUUUCAAAAAUCUUGAUAAGUUCAGGGAACAAUCUUUAAAUAAACUUUAGUUCUGUAUGCAUAAUAUUCUGUUAAGCAUUCCUGUUGGUACCACCCCCUGCGCAAACACACCAUCUUGAAAAGGGAGUAUUCUUUUGAAUAUUUUUAUGUAGAAUUUAAAGGGAGGGAAAGACCCUAAAAGAGAUUUAGGUCACAGAAUCUAGGGGUUCAACAUCAUUCCGUAGGCUCAGGAAGUUUCUAAGCUUUUAAAACCCACUCGCGUGAGAAAGUAAUUAAUUAUGCCAUCACUUCCCGAGGGGGCGGGAAAAGUGUCUUUGCAGAGGAGUUCAAUGCUGUGUACUGGUCUUCCUGAGGAGAAAAAAAAGCCGGGCGGCGAGCAUUUGACGGGUCGGGCUUUUCCUCUCAAGUCCCAGCCACGUGGCUCCCGCCAAGCUCCCGAGCUCUGGGCCCACCCUGCCACUCGCCGCGCUGCAGCGCGGCUCUCCCUUCAGGAGGAUUCGCGGAGGGGCCCUGGGCCGCAGGAGUUCCGGGAAGUCCGGAACCUCGGAGCCCACCGCCGCCAGACCAAAGGCUACAGCCCCGAACCCGAGCAGGGCAGAGCGCCCGGGCGACGCGAGAUGCCAGCCUUCCAUUCGAGGGACGCCUGGCGGGCCCCCAGAAGUUUUCCUCGGGGACAGAUCUUGGCAACAGGUCCGAGGCGGAGCCGGGUGGAGCCGAGUUUGGCAGUGCCCGGUGAAUCAGCGCCGCCCAGCGCCCCGGCCAGCCCUCCUAACCAAUGCCAGACCUGGGGAGGAGUAGCCAGGCCGCUGACCAUUAGCCACUUAGGGCUCGCUGGGCCUGGAGAAAGGUGACAUCAUCGUAGCUGGGAGGCUUCCGAAGGAUUCACCAAUAGCAGGCAGGAGAAGUGGUUUGCUUCUACAGCUCUUGGCCAAUACUAACAAAGCAAAAGGGGGCCUGGUUGUCGGUAUAGAACCAAUGGAAAACAAGGAAGGAGCACGAGGCGGAGUUGCGAAUCCUGUCACCAAUUGGAAAUAGGGGGUGGAGCCCGGGCCUUGUCAAGCGUGACCAACCAGCGAGAGGAGCGGACUUUGGGGGGCGGAGCCGUGAUUUCCUACCCCAAUCGCACAAGGUCAGGGGCGGGGCAUUGUUUGGGGUGCCCAAUGAGGAAAGCAGCCGAAGCGAGCCUGUCAAAAGAAGGGGCUGGGGGCGGGGGGAUGGUGAGUCGGGGAUAAACACUCCGCAGCGGUGGCGGCUGCUGCUCUGCUCCGGGUUCUGUCACGGUGUCAGCGGUGCCCAGCUCACUGGCCCCCUCCCCCUCCCAGCGAGCGUGGUCGCUAGAGAGGCUCCCUGAGCCCUGCUCCGCGGGGUCCACAGCGGGAAGCGGGUGUCCAGCGGCGGCAGCGAGCCCGUGGGCAGUGGGGGUUGGUCCCGUGGCUCCGGCCCCCGGUGCAGAAUGGCGGCGGCGGUUCGGAUGAACAUCCAGAUGCUGCUGGAGGCGGCCGACUAUCUGGAGCGGCGGGAGAGAGAAGCUGAACAUGGUUAUGCCUCCAUGUUACCAUACAAUAACAAGGACAGAGAUGCCUUAAAACGGAGGAACAAAUCCAAGAAGAAUAACAGCAGUAGCAGAUCAACUCACAAUGAAAUGGAGAAGAAUAGACGGGCUCAUCUUCGCUUGUGCUUGGAGAAGUUGAAGGGGCUGGUGCCACUUGGGCCAGAAUCAAGUCGACACACUACAUUGAGUUUAUUAACAAAAGCCAAAUUGCACAUAAAGAAACUUGAAGAUUGUGACAGAAAAGCUGUUCACCAAAUAGACCAGCUCCAGCGAGAGCAGCGACACCUGAAGAGGCAGCUGGAGAAGCUGGGCAUCGAGAGGAUCCGGAUGGACAGCAUCGGCUCCACCGUCUCCUCGGAGCGCUCUGACUCGGACAGGGAAGAAAUCGACGUUGACGUGGAGAGCACAGACUAUCUCACGGGUGACCUGGACUGGAGCAGCAGCAGUGUGAGUGAUUCUGACGAGCGGGGCAGCAUGCAGAGCCUCGGCAGUGACGAGGGCUACUCCAGCGCCACCAUCAAGAGAAUAAAGCUCCAGGACAGUCGCAAGACGUGUCUCGGUCUCUAAGAGAGUGGUCGCUGCAGCUGCCUCCUCGAAGGUUCUCCCUGUCGGAGCUGAUUAGGUAGUGUAUUGGACCUGCCCACAACGCCCUUGCACGCAAACUUCAGUGUACCACCUUUACCAAAAUCACCUUUGUACCCGUUUCCAAGGAAGUGCUUAGGAUUGUGGGUUUCUGAUUGCAUCCACUAGCUUCUCUCUUUCUCUCCAUAAAAAUUCGUCUCUGAGAGACUGUACAUUCCAAUCAAUUUGAAGCACCCAAGAAUUCUUAGACCGAAUAAGCAAUUUUCACAUCUCAGCAGUUUUCCUCUUCUUUACUGUCCUCAUGUACUCCACCAGACCUUUCGUACGGUUUUCUGGCUUACCAUGUUACUGCCUAGGAGGAUUGUCCAAGUGUGUCUUGUGCUUAGGAAACUGAAGGAAACAAACUUUUAAAGUUGAGAUGCUGAUCUCGGAACUCCAAAGUAAGCUUUGAAAGCGGCAUUUAAGAGCACUUCACCGUGGACCUCACCCCCAGUGAGGAAGUCAGGAAUACCUCUAGAAACACACCCUUCCCACACAGCCCAUGUGGAUGGGAGCAGUAUUUCUCACUUUAAAACGGACACCUUGAUAGCGUGUCUUUGGGGGUUGCACAGCUUAUAAAAGUUCCAAAUUGUUUGUUCUCACAGACAAAACGGUACAAUCUAUUUUUGUGCGAUGUUCUUGGGACCUUGCUGUGUACCGCUAUCUCAAGGCACAUUUUCCCCUCAAAGUUUGUUAAUGCUACUUGUCUCUGGAACAUUUUUUUUUCCUACCUCAGAGAUAAAUGAGAUCUCCAUUUCCCACUUAACACAAAGUGAUUAUGCCUCGUUUUGUUUUUUUUUUUUUCCAAAUAAGUGACAUUUGGUCCAAUUCUAAUAUAUUUUCCUAUUUAACUUUCAGCAAUAACUGAGCUUUGGCUCUAGCUGAGCUAGUGGCCAUGAUCAGUGAAAGAAAAAGUCCACAUUUCUACUCUCUAUGUUGCAGGUGAACAGGAGGGGAUGGUACAGUGUUACUAGAAUUCCUCUCCUUAGUGAUUAUUUUUGGACACACCCAGAAACUUCUUUAUGGAGGCUUUUGGGUUGAUAGUUUAAAAGGCUGAUUUUUCUUUUUGGUUUUGAUUUUUCCCUUAAGUGGUCUCCCACUUUGUAGCAUUUUUAUUUAAGCUAAAACAGAGCACAUGUAUAUGUACAUAAGACACAUUAAAUCUAUAAAUACUAUUUAUUCAUUUUAUAUAAACUAAUGUAAUGGAAAAUAAAUUCUUAUGACUUUGUGCUUUUAUAGAUGUUCUAGAAACUUUGUAUGUAGGUAUCUACAAAAUUGGUUCAUUCCCCUUAAUAUUUUUGCAUUCAUAUUUUUGAGGUCUUGAUGUUUUCAGCCUCUGGCGAAUCUUUUUCAUUGAAUUUGAACCAUUUGUAAAAUCUGUGAUGCUGAAGCAGAGUGUGUCACAAAGUGAUGAGAACAUUCCUAAAAUCCACAGACGCACUGCGACCUAAGGGCUCAACGGCUGACUCGGCAGUGGGCAGCCAACCCGCUCCGCUGUUGGCCUGCUGUCACUAGCACACCACAGCCUCGCAGCUCACCCAGCGCCUGCACCUUGCACACAGCUAAAGUCCAAGUUCAAACGCACUCUACAUGGAAGCUCAUCCUGUACAUGAAGAGCGAGCUAAACAAAGCAAGAUUACUUUUGUGGGGGUUUUUUAAAAUGAUUCUUUAAUGUAUUAAAAAUGUUUUCAUUGGAAGUAGUGGAUUCCUAAGUGAUUCCAAAGUCAUCUGUAAUUCUUCUGUUUUUGUUUUGUUCUGUUGUUUUCUUCAUUUCAGCAUUGGGUGGGGGGAGGGGCAGGUGAUACAAAGGAUUUUUUUUUUUUAAUUGUUGGAAUCUUUUCCAAUAACCAGCUGAAGAUUUGCACUGAAAUACAACUUGUAUGCCUUUUGCAUUUUUAAAGCCUGCUUCCUGAAUUUAAGCAAAGUGAUAGUGUUCAAAGAGCCAGCUCAGCCUGUAACACGUUUGAAAAAGAUAUAUCUGCACUUUGAGGUCCCUUUUGAAUGCCAUUCGCUAGACCUCUCGAGUAUUUUAUUUCAUUGCUACAUCCAAGCGCCUCACAAGUCCACGAAGCUGGAUGCUGGAUGGCAUCAAAAACUCAAGACUUUGGAAAAAGCUUGUGGGCUUGUAUUGGGGGUGGGAAGGGAACAAAAUAUGUGUACUUCUUUGUUUAAUUUAGAAAUAAGGCAUCUGAGAGAUGCUAUUAUUUUCUGUGUUUUAAUUGUUGUGCCUUUGAGUUAAACUGCAUUUUUGUCUUUUGGUUGAAAUAUGAAAUGUACUGUCCCAAUAUAAAACAGUAAUUAUUUGACCUUUGCACUGUUUGUCUGGUCCUUUUCAAUUUGAUAGCAUAUAAAUGUGGAACUUGAUAGAUCUCUAUAUUUUUAAUGCACUUGUGAUAAACUGACACCAGGGUUAGACAUUACUUUCAGAGCUCAAGGUAGACCGAGUCAGCAUGCUAGACAGGCUUCUCUCUAACCAAAACUGUAACCUUCAGGACCAGCAAACUCAGCCCAAGGCAGCUACUCCCCUUCUCACGUGGCUGAUCGGCAGCCCUGAUUCGCCAAUCUGUCCUCUCUCAUUCACAAAUCCACCAGCGUGACUGCUAAGAGCUAUAGAGUCUUUUUGGUUGUUUUGUCUAAGCAAAAUGAAAACCUUUCUAUUAGGGUUGUUGGGGGGAGGGGAUGGGCAAACGUAUAAACCCCAGCCUUUAAGACUUUGACAAUUGUACGUAAAUAUAGAUGUGUAUAAAUAUAGGCACUUGAAUAUUUUUAUGUGAAAGUUGAUUUUAAAAGCUAAAAAGAAAUCUAAACUGCACUCUUAUUGAUACCAUCAUAAUGCAAGUGGGAAAAUAAGAGCACGUAGUCUAAUUUAAUUUCAUGCAGUGAGAAAAUAUAUAUGUGUGCUUCUGUUAACAUCCCUGAAAACAUAGCUUUCCAUUCCUUGGUGGCUUUGAAUGGUGGGCCGAGCACCCAGGGUGUUUUAUUUUGUUUUUUUUGCUAAGCAGAGAUCUUGAAUUCUUCAAGGUGCUGAUAGCAACUCCUGGCUCCUUUCUCUAGUCACAGAGCUAAUGCUAGUUUAGUGAUUCGAAGAGCAUCACAUUUAUGAGCAGGACCUAGAUUCUCCCUGUCAACCUAAGACUAAAAUAAUUUCAGUGUUGAUUCAGAAUUGAGCAUUAAGUAGUCCCUGAUCCUGCAAUCAGCACUUGUUUUUUGUUGUAUUGUUUUUUGUUUUUUAAGUUGGGCAUUUUCAUUUAACCUCUACUUUUUCCACACACACACACAAAAGGGUCCUCACCUGGGUUUCCUAUGGGUCUCUGUCUCCAUCCUUAAAGUGGCCAAGAGCAAAUACUGGGGUGUGAAAAAAAGUGUAAACUAGGUAGAAUUGUGAUGCUCAAAAUAACUGUCUGGCAAUAUCUUGGGGCUUGAUAAUGGAUUUUGUGGAUGUUUUUCUUCUUGCCUCUUCCCCAUCCUUUAAAGAGAGAACUUAUUUUUGAAAAGUAUAUAUAUACACACACACAUUAUUGUUUAGGUUUUUAUACCAUACUAUGUUGGUAAGAAUACCACUUUCUUUGUGCUUUAUAAUCUAUUUAUUCCCCCAAAUCUUGGUCUUUUCUGUUUCUUCUUUGUUUCCCCAAGUUCCUUUGUCUGCCCCUCUUUCCCUUCCCUGUGUGUUGAACCCCAGAUAGUAAAAGGCUAAAGGCAAUUUCCUGCAUGUCAAUCUAUUAUUUUUCUAUGUCUGACUCUGAUGCAGCAUGUUUAGGUAGCUGGCUACUCCUGAUUUUAAAACCCUUCUUGAGAGAAGACAACCCAAAGACACUUUUAGAUGAGGUAGUUUUUCUCAUUCUACAUGAUCAGAUCUCUGUAAACUGUAGGAUGUUUUAUUUCAAAAGAUUCUGGGUUGGGAGUGGGGUACAAGAUGUGAUUUAUCAUGAUUUUUUUCAUUAUCAAUAUUUAUUACAUGGAUGAUUUUCUUGUAUUCUGAAAGAAAUAAUUGACUAGCACUGCUAGGUUCAGCUAUUGAAUGGCUGAAGAAAUUGAGUCUUUUUGUCUUCUCUCAAAAUUAUAAAAUGAGAAUUAGUAAGGCAUCCAAUUUUAGGAUUUAUCCAGAUUUUAAGUUUUGAUUUCUUAUUCUAUCUUAGGGAGGUGGUAGGUUGAGGGGGCAUUCUUCAUUUUAGCUUUUACCUGAGAACCAAACUUGCCUUUACCCCUUGUCCCUAGAAUUGGUGCUCUUGGAACAUUGCUGUUAGCCAUCAGUUUUGGGGGGCCAUCUUCCUAAUGGUAAACACAGCCUAAAGAGGGGAGCAGCAGAUGAAAGAGUGUGAAAUUCUGUUUCCAGAUGUUUGUUUAUGUAAAUAUGACGCCAAUGUAAAUCUGUGUCAAGACCAUAGAGAAUGGUGCUUUUUACUACAGUUAGCACAUGCAUUUUUAGAAACUACUACAUGUUUUAGAGAAUCUUUGCUGUGUAUAUGUAAACUUCUGUAUUGUUCAACUGUUAACAAAUAAUAAAUUAUUUCAUUAUUAAAGAAA